AUAAACUACUCAAUUUAUCCAUUUGUUUUGUUCAAGUCAUUCAAUCCAUUUAAUCCAUUUAAUCCACUUCAUUUCACUUCACUUUAAUCUCAUUUUAAUCUCAUUUUUAAUAUAGAAAUACCGCAAUAAAUAAAUCAUUCCUCAUUCCUAAUCAAAUCAUCAAUUCUUUAAUUUUACCCUAUUAUAUGAAUAUAUUCUGAUUUCUAUUAUCUCGAUAUAUAUAUUCCUUUAUUAUUAUUCUGCUAUUUAACGUUUACUCAUUGGCUAACUUUUCUAACUUCUAAAGGAGCUACAUCCCUAACCUAUACUGAUUUCUGAUUUUCCUCUACCCAAUCCCCGUUUUUUUUUACUCAUUCAAUUUAGCUGACAUUAACAAUGAGCUACGACAAUAUUGACUACGAAUUGAUUGUUGCACAACAACCAGAAAAGGCUAGAAUGUGUGGUCUUGGUGAUAAAGACAGAAGAAACAUUUCUCCUCCUCCCUGUAUAAAAUUGUGUAUGAGAGAUAAAUUCACUGGAAAACAACUUCUUGCUGAUGAUCUCGCUGAUUCUCAGUACUACAUGUUGAUAGCCCAAUUAUGGGAUCCUGAAAGAAACAUUGACCUAAGUAUUAUAAAUUCAAUCCCUGACAAAAAGAUUCUAACCAAGAAACUAAAAAUCGCAAACAGUAACAAGAAAAAAUUCAAAAAGAUUGUCAAAAAUGAUACUUCCAUCAAUAACAUAAAUAAUCACACUUAUUCAAACCCUAAAAAUAUUGACAUGAAUAACAAUAUCAUCAUCAACACACCCAAUAACACCACCUCAAACAACCAUCUAACUGUUAAUAAUGAUAGAGAUAGAGACAGUGAUUUCGACACCACACCUAUUAGCACUCCCGGUUACAAUUCUGGCUAUACGCCAAACACCCCCACCACCCCCAACACUCCUCAUACUCCCAACACUUCCAACCACAGCCAAACCAAAACUUUGAUCUUUGAUCUGGAAUUGGCUAAGCAGUCAGGAAAUAUCAACGAUUCGUUUAUCCAUGGUCCAGUUCGGAAUCUCAAUGGAGAAGUCGUCAAGAACCCAAGCAAAGUUAAAGACUUAAAUGGCGAAUAUGGCUUAUGGUUUGUCUUUCCAGAGAUUUCGGUUCGAGUGGAAGGCGAAUUUAAAUUAAAAUUCUCAUUGUUCAAAGUUAAUCCUCUAGAUGCUUUGUUAAAUCCAAACUCUCAAAGUGCUUCAUGUACUUCAUUGUGUGAAAUUCUAUCUGACAGAUUCAAAGUAUACAUCCCCAAACAGUUUCCUGGAGUCGGUAAGAGCACAGAACUAAGCAAAUGUUUUGCCAACCAAGGCAUAAAGAUACCAAUUCGUAAUUCUGAAAAGAAAAGAAAAAACAGAGAUGAUUUUGAGGAUGAGUUUCUCAAUUUUGAUGACAACAAUUUCAAAAAACCUCUCAAAAAGAGAAAAGUCUCAAACAACACGCUACAAGUGAUUUCAUAAGAUAAUCUGCUCAUUUUUUUUUCUCAUUCUAUUUUUUCAUUUUAUUUUUUUGGUUUUGUUUUUCUUUUUG